AUGUCAGCUUCACUCCCCUCAAACUUCCUCCUCGGCUUUGCGACCGCCUCCUACCAGAUUGAGGGCGCUGUGGAUGAGGACGGCCGUGGCAAGUCGAUAUGGGACACCUACUGCCACUUGGAGCCCACCCGCACCAAGGGCGCCAAUGGCGAUGUCGCGUGUGACCACUAUCACCGCUUUGAAGAAGACCUGGAUCUGCUUCAGCGGUACGGUGCUCAGGCCUAUCGAUUCUCAAUCUCAUGGUCGCGCGUCAUACCAAAAGGAGGCCGCGACGACCCCCUGAAUGAAGCCGGCAUUUCAUUCUAUAACAGACUCAUUGAUGGCCUCAUCGCUCGCGGGAUCACCCCAUGGGUCACCCUCUAUCACUGGGAUCUCCCACAAGAGCUGCAUGACCGGUAUGGAGGCUGGCUUGAUGUCCAGGAAUCUCAGGCGGACUUUGAGCGUUAUGCUCGUGUCUGCUACGAGCGUUUCGGUGACCGUGUCCGGAAAUGGAUCACAUUCAACGAACCGUGGAUUCAGUCCAUCUUUAGCUCGGAAGGUGACUCUUCAACGGAGCCUUGGAUAGCGGGGCACGCCCAGAUCAUGAGCCAUGCUCGCGCUGUCGCUGCGUACAACCGUGACUUUAAGCCACGUCAGGGAGGUCAAAUCGGCAUCUCCCUGAACGGCGAUUUCUUCGAGCCUUGGGACAGCGAGGACCCUCUCGAUGCCGAGGCUGCAGAACGAAGAAUGCAAUUCCACAUUGGGUGGUUUGCCAACCCCAUCUUCCUGAAGCAGGAUUAUCCCGCCUGCAUGCGGCAGCAGUUGGAGUCUCGACUACCAAAGUUUACGGAAGCGGACUUUGCGUUGUUUCAAGAGGCAGAAUCAGACUUCUACGGAAUGAACUACUAUACAUCCCAGUAUGCGCGUCACCGUACUGGCGCGCCUUCAAAGGACGACUACCUGGGCAGCGUGGAAGAGUUACAAUGGAACAAACAGGGGCGGUCAGCUGGGGAAGCGAGCGGGCUUCACUGGUUGCUUUCCUGCCCAGAGAUGUUCCGGAAGCAUCUGACCCGCGUGUACAAGCUGUACGGAAAACCCAUCUACAUCACCGAGAACGGCUGUCCCUGUCCAGGGGAAGACAAUAUGAUGCGUGAAGAGUCUGUCAAGGAUGAUUAUCGGUGCCGAUACUUUGCGGAUCAUUUGGAUGCCAUCGGUCGAUCCACACGGGAGGACGGCGCGGUUGUGAAGGGGUACUUUGCGUGGUCAUUGAUGGACAAUUUGGAGUGGUCAGACGGCUAUGGGCCUAGAUUUGGCGUCACCUUCACAGACUACGAGACCCUUGAGAGGACGCCGAAGAACUCAGCCCUGCUACUGAAAAAUAUGGUCAAGGUGAGGUGUCAGUCUGUUCAGUAA